CCCAAAUCAAUCAAUGUGGUUUCUUUGGAACAUUUUCAGCAAAGGAACGCAUAUGCUGCAGUGUCUUUGUGGCAAGAGUCUCAAGAAAAACAAGAAUCCAAGUGCCUGGCGAAGGGAAGAUGAUGAGCUCAGCAGUACAGUGCAACUGCACCACACAUCAACAUCUGACUGCAUGGAGAGACACUCUGACACUGCAGGAGAAACAGUUGAAUACAGGCAAAGAAGACCACCAUGUUAGAUCCCCAGCUCAAGGGUAUAGUGACCAGGUUAUAUUGCAGACAGGGCUACUACUUGCAAAUGAAUCCCGAUGGAUCUCUCGAUGGCACCAAGGAUGACAGCAGUAAUUCCUCUUUGUUCAACCUCAUUCCCGUGGGCCUCCGAGUCGUCGCCAUCCAGUCUGUGAAGACGGGCUUGUACAUCGCCAUGAAUGGGGAGGGUCACCUCUACACAUCAGAGCUCUUCACAGCAGAGUGCAAAUUUAAAGAGUCCGUGUUUGAGAACUACUAUGUCAUCUACUCAUCCAUGCUGUACCGACAACAGGAGUCGGGUCGAGCCUGGUUCCUCGGUCUCAAUAAGGAGGGUCAAGCCAUGAAGGGGAACAGAGUGAAGAAAACCAAACCAGCCGCUCACUUCCUGCCCAAGCCAUUAGAAGUCGCCAUGUACCGAGAGCCAUCCCUGCACGACGUCGGAGAGACGGUACCCAAAAUGGCGGUCCCGGACAGUAAAAGCACAAGUGAGCCAGUGGUGAUGAACGGAGGUAAACCUGUAAGCAAGCCUGACAAACCCGCCACAUAGCCACGCCCCACCUGCCCCCUUGACUGUUUGCUGUUUGCCGGGGUGAUGGCGGGAGGUCUUUUCCCCCUUGCUGGAGCGUCUUUCCUCGGUGGAUCCAGGCGAACCUUUGUUCUCCCUCUCCUCCACAUUUGUCUCUGCCUUGUCCUCACCCUUUAUUCCAGCUGUCUGGUGGAGGGAUUCUUAGGUUGAGGCUGGGGGAGGGUGGUGGGGGAUUUCCUCAGUACAGGAGGACAAUAACGGACCUCUCUGAUACUGGAAUGCCUUUAAAAAUUCCUCUGGAACUGUGAGGUUGUGGUGUUUUACAGCCACUUUGAUUCCUGAGGGUUCAUACAAAAAAAAGCUCCCCCUCAAAAAAAUAGAAAUAAAAAAAAAAAAGUUCCCUUCUUUGAUGCCCUACGACAGAGGAAGUCUGUGCACCUGCAGACAGACCUAUUUUCUAUACCACUGUUCACCAGCUACGUUCUGGGAUAGCGGCUGUAUAGAUAUAGAAUAAAUAUGUGGACGACUGUCCUUUAUUUUUUAAUGAGUAUUUUCCCCUUCCUCUCUUCUCUUUUCGAGAACCACUCACACAAUUUCCACUUUGACCCCCGAAACACAUGUAAAGGACUCCAUACAGACACAUAAAAACAAUAGGACAUUGUGUUUUGUUUUUUUGACAGCACCUGCAAUUGGUGAUGGAGUGCUAAUUACUACCACUGUAAAAAUCAGUGCAAUCGGGCUCUCCUCGAAACAUGUGUAAAAAAAAAAAAAGGAUGUGGGUGGCAAAAGCACUGUAUGGGAAUGAUGUCUACAUACCACACAAGUCCAACCAAGCUGUAGUUCAGCGGUCCACCUUCUUUGGUAAAUCUAUUUUUCUUGAAGUUUAUUUCCGAGCGUGGGCUGUAGGAAUAUCUCUCGGUCUUGGGGGCCUCUGUUGCCGACUACUUGAACUUCUUAGACUCAAGACUUUAAUCUGUCCGACAUUGGCAGGCUGCCUUUCCGCGGCAGCAUCCACAACAUUUUCAACAUUUACCGGCUGCAUCUACAAACUAAAGCAUGGGCAAGGUUGAUCUUGUGUUCUGUCUCUCUUGCAGCAACAACAUCAUGUACUGUAUAUUGUAACACUUUCAUUGCAUAGUAUAACGUUUCGGGGGGAAAAUUACUCAAAAGACGUUUUUAAAGAAGUAGGUUAUUAUUCAAGAGGAAUUGUGUCCUAGCUCAGCAUGCAGAGUCCAGUACUGAUCAAUCUGGCCUAUCACGUGCCUGUUUUCAAACUUGAUUUUUUUCCCGGCAUGCAAAAACUGGUUCCCAGUCCCCACUGGGCCAAAGGUGCCUCGCCCACCCAACCACCUACUCAUCCAUUUACAGGACACGUAGCAUCGAUAGCAUAGCGAGAAUCACCCUGCUCACUCUCAAAUGACCAAAGGCCCCCCCCCCUCUACCCACCUCACACCUACCAGGAAGAUUCUUGGAGAAUCCUCUCAAGUCAUCAGCGCUUUCACUGUGAUAGCUUUUCAUUUCUGAACCCUUACGAGAUCUUUGCGUGACCGCCGCCCUGCUCCACGACUCCUUCGAAAGAUCUUAACGAUGUCAUUUUUGCAGAAGUUUGUCUACCUUCAAUUAGUCACGUGCAUGUACUUUCAGAGGUGUCGGGAUAUACGCACUGUAGUGUAGGACUUGACAUGGGCAUGUUGCAGGCUAAGGCACCCUCACGAGCUACUCUGCACUUUCACCUUGUUACUCUCGUCAUGACUGUUAGCAGAUGAUGACCAAUCCUUGACAUUUGUCUUGCUUUUAUCGGCUUUUCCGACUUGUUCUAUUUCAUUCAGGUUAAGAAAUGUCCAUGUUUUUACGUUUAUCAGAAAAAGAUACAAUUUUAGUUUUGAUUUGCUCGUAUGAAUAGAUGCAAGAGCUGAAAAGCAUUGUUAAUGUGUUUGGGACUGUGUCUGUGUAAAUUCUCAGUCAUCCAGGUCAUGGCAAUCCACAAAUAGUUGGGGAAAAGGUAAUUGGACUUCUAGAAGAAUUCUAGUUGCCGUCUAUGACACUUUAAAGACAACUAGAUCUCUUUCUUGUUGAACUGGACUCCUAUUCAACUUUGAAAGGCAACUGGACAAACCUUCUGUUCCCUGGUAUUCAACUUUGAAGAAAUUGAACUUCACAACCGUACCAGCUAUCUUUCAUUCAAUUUUGGAGGAAACCAGACUUCUUCUCAGUUGAGCUGGACUCCAUUGCCGUUUAUUUAACUAUAAGCUACAGUAGACUCAUUCAUGGAAGUAGACUUUGACAACUUUGAAACAACCAAGAAGUUACUUGCCUUCUAUUAGACUUUGAAAGCACAUUUUAGUUGUUAUCCUGGACCUCCAUAAAACUUUGAAACAAUCAAAAAGAAAUAUAGUUGCACUAAAUUCCACUAAUACACUAAGAAGAAGUCCAGUUGCCUUCUGUUUAACUUCGAAACAACAAAUUACUUCUGCUUGGUUGCUGUUCUGGACUUCUAUUCAACAUUGGCAGUUCAGUUGCCUUCGUUUCAACUUCAGUGGCAAUUUCACUGCCAACUUCAAUUUUGUAAUGGCGACUAUGUUAAAAAGUAUGUUUGGAUCCACCUAGUUACUUUAUUUUCUGCCAUUUUCCUAAUACGGGUCAACUCCCUUCAUUCUGUCUGGCGCAUUGCACUUGCAUGUACUUCUUUAUUAUAAAUCAUUUCGCCCCUUUUUGUUUUUUUUUUUUUUUGCCAUGGUGGAGAAAGGUGUCGAUGAACAGCAUGUAACGUAGGAUAUGUCUAUCACCAACUGCUGGUAUGUAUCGCUGCAUUUUUUUUAAAGAAACAAGGUAUAUGCAUAGGGUUUGUCUGAUGUAUUCAUGCAUAUAAAACACAUUAAAUAUUUAUGUGAGAAAGUGCUGUAAAUUUACGAUGUAAUGUUCAAUAGAGUGUGUAGUAUAUUUUUGAACCAGGUAGAGAUAACAAUUAUGUUACUGGGAUUAUGAAGGAGUAUUAGGAACACACUGACAAGAAGAAAAACAUUAUUAAAAUUAUAGCAUACGAAACUACAACACCCUCAAUAGACAUUAUGAUACAUUGAUUCUUGCAUAGAUAUUUUCAAAAAAGAUGCCCCCACAUUAUGACUUUAUUCUCUUUAACAUGAUGACUUUUUUUCCCUAAUGAAAGUACAUCUUUGGUCUUGCGAGAAUAAAACCUGUCUCUGAAAAAAAAUAUGAUUCUCAUUGCAUGACUUUGUUUCCAUGUUCUUAUAAAACUCUCAAAAAUACGAUCAAUUCCUUUAACAUGAUGUGCUUCUUUUUCAAUGUGACCUAAUACUCAUUUGUUGAUAAUUAAAAAAGAAAAAAAUGGGGAAAAAAUGUUUUGUCAUUGGUUCCCUUUCUCAAGUGUGGCACUUUAUGGCUAAAAGGGUUGGGGGAAAAAAAAAAUAUGUUUCAACAAUUUGGUGAUCACCUUGCCUCGUGGGGUCCUGAGCUAAAUCCCAUCAAAAUCAUAAAUGCUCCUCUGAAUGGGUGAAGAUUUACACCUAAAUGGACACUCUUCGAGAUUCAAAAGGGCAAGCACUCUAUAUUAAAUUCCAUUUUCACUUCUGGUUUAAUGGCCACUUUCUUUUGCGCAUAUAGCACAUGUAUGUCCUCUCAAUUUUCUCCACCCUCGAGUCUGUGAGGAAUAUCCAUACCUGGAAGUCUGAGUCUUGUUUGUUUUUUUUAAUUUUUUUUUUUUUGUGAAUAUGAAAGAAAGAGUCACUAUUGAAAUUAUUUAUUUAUUUUUAACAAAUAUGUAACACUAUAUACCAUUGCAAGUAUGCCCAUUUGGAGUUAUGUCAUGUUAUAAACCAAAUUUGUAACCAUGUAUGUAUGUUUAAGGUCUGCGCAUUGUUUUCCAUGCAAAUUGUCGUGUCAUGCGGCAUAUUUAAUGUUUUAUUAAAAAAAAAAAGAAAGUAAAAAGAAAUAAAAAUGCUCAAACAAUGCAAACUGUCUGCCUCCAUUGCCUCAUUUGUGUUAGUUUGUCAACUUGCAUCUGAUUUUGCAUAUCAGCGGAAUAAGUGUGAUUAAAAAACAAA